AUGACCGCAGUGUAGGAAACAGAUUUCUUUAGAUAAUUGAGAGAGAAAUCUCUUAACAAUCUCUAGAACAAGCCAAGCAGCUGGACAGUUGAUGUUAAGUAUAUUAACUAGGCCAUUGAAACUCUUGACCGUGUGAAGUACGACCUUGAGGAAGGGCUUAUUUUAAAGCUUCAAUUGCAAAGACUUUAACAAAUCGACGAGAUAAUCAUGAAGAACUGCUUCCAAAAUAAAACCUACAACUAUCUUCAUGCCUUGAAAUGUGAGGAGUUCCAUCUCAAGAAUGAUUAUAAGCUUAACAUUCUUAAGACCUUCUUCUAAGAUCAUAUCAUUAAGCAUACUCAAGAUUAUCAAAAAUGCUGGUCAGGCAAAGAAUUCUAGUAAUUAAAAUCAAACGAGGAUAAGGACAAAGCAUUCCUAGAGUGCCAUAGAUAAUGGACUAAAAAUGUGAGAGAAAAUGUCUCUAAUGAACUUGAAGCCAGAGUUAGAGAGCUCUUAUAAUGA